AUGGAUCCGAGGUUGUUAAAAGCAGCUCAGAAAGGUAAGGUAGGUCUACUGAAUGACCUGAUCCAAAGCAAUGAACUCAUCCUCGAGGAGGCGGCUCUCCAAGGAGAUGGCCACACCCCGUUGCAUGUCGCCUGUGUCGCUGGCCAUUCGAAUUUUGUCCGAGAGCUCCUCAAGUUGAUACCGAAGCUCGCGGAAAAGGUGAACCCGGAUGGUUUCAAUCCGUUGCACAUCGCAGCAGCUAGAGGUGAUGUUGAGACUGUGAGGGAGAUUUUAAAGGCGGGUCGGCCUCAACAUCUAUGCCAUGUGAAGGGCAGGGAGAGAAGAAUCCCUGCCGCAGGCGGGGAGGUCGGUGCCUUGAAGAUAUUGCUUUCUGCUGCACCAGAGUCCAUCGAAGAGACGACUGCCUAA